AUGGCUAUCAUUGCUGAGAAAAUUGCAGCGAUAGAAAAAUUACUAUUGGAAAACAGAAAGAUUCAGGAUCAUGUAAACUCUAUGAUUUGUAACAUUGAGUUUCGUCUCGUUGUUAUAAAUACACUUUUUCUUUCUUUGAGAACGAGACGGAGAAAACGAAAUGAGACGAAUGAAACAGAGUCUCUUGGAACCAAUAUAGAUACUUGGUUUAGGUUUACUUGCGGUUCCCGCGUUUAUGCACCUCCACUUUGUGUGCAUCCGUCAUAUCACUGCCAUGCGCUAGCACCCAGAUUUCGUUGGAAUCAACGAGCAAUAAGGUCGUUAAAGCGCCAGGUGGAGCGCAUGGAGUUAGGCGCAAACACAAAGAGAGAUCUCACGCUGUGGCAAGUUGUUGCAGAUGCUGUUAACUAUGAUUCUAAGGCCACAUUAUGCGUAGACGGUUUUCAGUGUUAUCUUCAUUAUCAGCAAUUAGUAAAAGCAUCAGCAAGUUUUUUCUCUCCUGAGGAAGAUCAGUAUAUUGCCGAGUAUAACCCUGGAAGCAAACCGUGGACCCAGCUUGUAACAGACAUUCUUCACAUAUUUGGUUGUUCUCGUACGGCUUUUCAAGUGGCUCAGAGGUAUCGUAAACUCAAGCGAGAGAAGUAUGAGUAUACUAUUAUCCCUGAUAAAGAUGACACUUGGUUAAGAAUAUGUACAGAAAUAUCUAAUAAUAUUGUGCCUGAGACAGAAGUACUUGUGCAGUAUUCAAUAAAAAUGAAUAUUGGGCGCAAGAUUCCGUGGGUAACUGAAGAGUCCAUCUGCAAAGCAAUAUCGCAUCGUAGAGUUCUCAUGGACGAUACUAAAGAAACUCUUAUGCAGCGAAACAUUUAUGCUGUGCUUCUAAGUGAUCAAAACUAUGCUUCUUCUGGGGAAGUAAGAUUGAUAUUUUUGCGUUUACUACAAUGUGAUCCUCUAGAUAUGGUCGAUGCAUUAUCUCGCGCGAGAUGGCGCUUCUCACAAGUUUCUCUGGAGCAAGCAGCUCAGCGUCUCGCCUCUUCUCUACAGGAUGUUAGGGAACGCAUUCUUGCGAGGGUUUUGAGGUGGUAUGAAACUGUUUACACUUCAGAUUUUUUCAAGGUUUCAUUGGAUAUCUUCGGACAGAGGGAUGGUGCUUUGGCAUGUUUUAUCAUUUCACGGGAUUAUGAGCGACAACGAAGGAGGGCAACACCGUAUACUCGUCUUAAUUUAUUGUAG